UUUGCCUUACACCUGAGGGUCCAAACACUGAUGUGAGUUAGCUAACUAUGUAUCGACAAGGUGUGUCAACAUUAAUGCUAUUAAUAGUUGCCAUACUCUGGACUCCGGGUUCGGCGAUCACUGAGUCUUGCCAGUACAGGACAUACAAUGAGCCGGGAGAUGUGAACUUCGCUGUGAUUUCCAGCUUGAGGUCGCCUGAGCCCAACGCCACUUGUGGAGACGUGUCUUACCGUUCUCUUCAAGCUCUCCUCGCGAUAAAGUAUACUCUGUCCAAACUUAACAGUCCCAGCUCAGUGAACAACCAGUCCUUCAUCCCAGGCGUGCAGAUAGGAAUCACAGUGUUCGAUGACUGUGGGAACGAUAAAUAUGCGCUUGCUAGUGCGACGAGCGCCAUUCGGAGGCAGUUCUCCUCAAAACUGGUUAAGUGUGACAAGCCGCGUGCUCCACUAUUCGCAGGUUUCCUCGGUCCCACAAGGAGCCAAAGUGCCACGGCUGUGUCGGGUCUGCUAGACGGUACGAGGAUUCCUUUGGUCGGCAUGGCCACUACACUCUCAGAGCUCAGCAAUAAGACCAAAUACCCAAACGUUCUCAGAACAGCCGUGUCCGACGAAAAGCAGUCCAAGGCAAUUAUCUCUCUUGUCAAAAGGCUAGGUUGGACAGUGAUUGCAAUAUUACACACAGAAGAUAGCUAUGCAACCGACCUGUCUUCCUCAGUACAGCGGCUGGCCAAGCAGAAUCAGAUUUGUGUCCUCCGUGUGCUGAGUAUAGACGACCUACGAGGUAUAAACGAAGCCAUCAAGAUCCUGCUACAGCAGCAAGCAGAAACGGCCGACAACUCUCUGGGAGUGGUGUACUUGGGACAGGGUGAAUGGGUCAAAUUCUUGAUGAACAGACUUUGUACUGAGUACAAUGACAAAAGAGUUUCGAUCGGCAACUUGAAGUGGAUACUACCAGACAGCGUUGGGACGAGCACAGAAAUCAUUAACAGAUUCGACUGUUCUUCGCAACAGGGACAUCUGCGAUCAGUCUGGAGUAUAUCUCCUACAUCUCUACCGCUUGUUGAGUUCAGGGAAACUGUUCGCUCUGAAAUGCUCAGAGCCAAAAAUAAUUUUUCAAGUACGCCAAAUCAGUGGUUAAGUGAGUUUAUCCAAACUUCAUGUCAACCACCUUUUGCUGAGGCAGGGUGUUCCGAGUUCAAACAAGGCAGCUAUAUUCCGUCUGUAAUUCAUGCUGUGUAUGCUAUGAGCUUUGCGCUCAAACAUGUGCAUGAUAAGUCAUGCAACGGAACUCCAGGAAUUUGCGAUGGACUCAAAAGUAAGCAAACCAUAGAACUUUUGAACGAGGUUCGCAAAGUUUCUUUUCAGUAUGCCGAUCUUGAUGCCAGGCACACUGUCCCUGAGAUGGCGAUAGCCGGAACCAGCAUAUCUUUUGAUGAUCAUGGCGACAUGACCCACAGACAAGAGGAGGAGAUUUUCGCCAUAAACAAAUUCUCAGAGCAGGAUUUCAUAAAGGUCGGUUCCUACUACGAGAAUGGAAGACUGGAUCUAAAUCAAAGCACAAAGAGUUUGUCCCGAUGUGGUAAGAUCUGUCAAGGAUGCGUGCAUGACCCUGGGUUUGUCUACCUGCCCGGAGAGAUUCUACUAGCAGGUUUCUUCUCACUCCACUGGGCUCCUCCAGAAGAAGAACCUUUUGGGUGUGGAACGUUUCGAACUGAGGUCCACACUGUUAUUUCUGUGGAGGCCUUUUUCUAUACCGUUAGAAAAAUGAGACAGGAAACUGGAAAGAAUUUCGGGGCAAUCAUAUUUGACGACUGCUAUAGCUUUUUGAAAGCUGAUUCUAUAAUCUCGAAAUACUUCUCAGGGGAAACUCAGUUGACUGAUCCAAAAACGGGAGAUAUCAUCGAUCUAUCUAAAGUUGUGGGAGUAAUCGGUUCUGAAUCCAGCUCAGUUUCAUUGCCACUUGCAGAAAGCUUUACACGUCUACGAUUACCUAUCAUCAGUUAUGCUUCAACCUCCCCAGAUUUGGACGAAAAGGGACUGUACCCUUACUCCCUCAGAACAUCUGUUAGUGACAGGAAUAGUGUAGAAGUUAUUGUCGCGCUGAUCAAGCAUUUUGGUUGGACUUAUGUUAACAUCGUUUACAGUAACAACAACUAUGGAUACAAGGCCAUGUUGCUUACUGUCGAAAAGGCAAAAGAUCAAAAUAUUUGUGUAGCAAAACCUAUUCCAAUUAAAGUAACACCAAACGAGAAAGAUCUUACUGAUAUAGUGAAAAUUCUCAACGCUAAUGUAGCCCGGGUUGUCGUUUACAUUGGACUGGAAGAAGAUUCAAUAGCUUUUCAAAAGAUAAUACAAUUUCAAAAGCUCGAUUUGGUAUUUUUAGCGCUUGAGGACUGGGCAGUUUCUCUUAGACCUAAUCUUGGUGCUGAACAGGCAACGGUUGGCUCCAUUGUUGUACUUCCAAUGGCUCCAAAAUUACCUUGGAACGACUUUCCUGAAUAUCUAACCAAAGUGCCUACUUCGUGGACGAAUACAUCUUUGUGGUUUGACAUGUUUUGGCAGAGUCAUUUUAAGUGCAAUAUACCUGAAAGAUUUCAAAAUCGAUAUUCGAUAGACUGUAACAGCAAUCUUUCAAUUAAGCUGUCAACGGCACAAUCUUGGGCAAGGCAGUUUAGGGUGGGCAAUACCAUAAAUGCAGUGGCUUCGAUGAUAACAGGUAUCUUUAAAGCACAUAAGUUCCUCUGUCUGACUCAUUCAGACUUUGCUUGUCAAACUUUGAAGCAAAAUCCGGCGAACGUCACAGCAUACAUCAAAAGAGUGAGCCUCGGAGCUGAAGAUCAGAGUUACCGCCCUUUUAAAGACGAUGGGAACGGAAACGUGAAUUUCCGCUUGCUUAAUCUUCAGAGGCUGACCAAUGGCUCUUACGUAUAUGUUCCGGUAGGCAGCUAUGAUACAUUGACAGGGAAACUCCAGCUGAACGAGAAUAGCCCUGUGAAAUUUUAUAAAAACAACAGAGAGGUCAAAAAAAUAGACGGGAGCUGUACUGUGCAAAAAAUCUGUCGGAUGUGUGAAGCUUCUACAUCAACUGGCGAGUCUGCAUUAAGUUCAUCUUCAUGCGAUAGCAACCAUCUACACGUGGCCAUACUUGUUAUUUUGUGUAUUCUGGUUGUUUUGGUGGUGGUGAUUCUUGUAUUUAUCAUCCGGAGGAAACACAAUAAAGAUGUAGUGAUCGACAAGACAAAUGGUACAGUUGUCAUUCCGGAGAGAAGACAUCCCUCUGAGGAAGUUAACCCAAAUAGAGUUGCUAACUCUUUUUCUCCGUUCCAGAACCCGCCUUCUAACUACAAUUCCAGUUAUCUUUCACAUAAUCCAAAUGGUACACUAGAAAAUAUUGAUGGUAGAGGAACAAUUAUCCCCCAAGGGGCCUUCUCCGUAAACCAGCAAUAUAAUCCAACAAUUCAAAGGGCACAUGAAAGUCAAUAUCUUAAUCCAGCAUCUCUAAUUUCAAGUAGUAGUAACACAGAAAGCAGAUCUGGAACUUCUAGCCGAAAGCAAACCCAACACAAGACAUUAGAUUCUCCUAGCGGUCCCUCAGAUCGACGUUACCUUCGGCUCGGGAAUUCAGAUACUACAUUUCCCAAAGUUCUCAAUGACCUCCCCACACACCAAAACGUAUCAAACACACCCCCUACCCUAAAUGUGUACACACAUCCGAUGCGAAAUCAAAGACUUGCAGCACAAAACGACAUUGACCACAACACUCACCCUAAAACUAUUGUGGGUACCGUGCAUCAGGAGAUGAAAGAGCCACGAGAAUCAGUAAACACGUACGUUAACAUGAAGACGAGUAGCCGUCCAGACCAAAACACUGAGCAUGACCUCCAGCUAAACACUUCUGAUGAGGCUAAUGCAACCCGUUCCAGUUCAGAUUUCCAGUUGUCGAAUGGAGUAAGAGGCAACAGCGGAACAGAAAACCCUGACGAUGCCCCUGUGACUUUGCCAUCCACAAAAGCGUCAUCUACGAUUCCAGUGGUUGGAUCGGCACCCCCAGGUUCACCCUCCUCUACGUUUAUCUCCACUUCUUCAGAGAAGCCGAACAGUGAACAGAGAUUGUCAUCAUUCAAGACUAGUACUCCAAUUGACAGACUGUCUGAUUUAGAUACAACUUGUGUGUGAUGUGUACAAUUUAUUCUUUUAAAAGUGACUUUGCAUUUAUAAACCUUUGCAUUUGCCUUGGUUGGACAUACCUGGUUGGACUUUGCAGGCCUUGUGUUUAUAUGCGUUUAGCUGAGAAACCACAAAUGCAUGACUACCCUGCCCGAUUUUACCGGAUGGCGAUCUUCGGGUGAAAUAUUGCAGACUGUAUAGAUUGUAGUAAAAUAUCAGUGAUGUAAAUAUGCAUAUCACGUAAAUAAUGUGCCUUUACCCAAGUGAAAGUGAAUUUUAACGUAGCAUAUUCAGUAUCUGGAUUUCUCGACUAAACUUUCGUUGGCAUUAGAUGCAGGUAUCUGUUGUGUGCGUGUGAUUUCCGUAUUGGUUUGCAUGCAUGUUAUUAGUAAAUUUAUUUUUAGGCUGUACUUUGGCCAACCUGUUAUUCACGGAAGUAGGCCCACCUUCAGUGUGACUGACAGGUUAUGACACAUCACCGCAGAAACCAGAUCUUCCAUUCAGAAUUAGAUCUAUUUUACACACUGCGAAAUAGAAGAAUUUCGAGACGAACUAAGAGAAACUGAGAUCGAAUACUUCUACAUCAAAAUACCACAAACGUGCUAGAGACAGGUUGGCCGUUACUGGCACAUUAAGGACAUGUAACAUAGCUAUUGUGACACUUCAGGGGCACCAAUUCAGAAAGCUUAGUCUCUCACUGUCGCAAAGACGAACUGUUCGAUAGUCUCGCAAGUAUGUUCUAAUUUACCAAGUGUCUGAUGGCAUUUGAAACCCAUUAAUAAAAGAUCUGCUGAAGUUCAAA